UAGCAGGGGAUAGUGUGAACUCAGCAACGGCAAAGGGAAGGGACAGAUUCAAAGUUACUGUCAAGUCUGCGUGAUGUUCAUCUGUUCAGAACUGUUACACUGCUAAAUUCAUACACGGUUGAGUCAGAUGGUCUUUCCAGGUUGUGCUGUGGUCUCCAGGAGCGGAUCCGUGGAACAUUGCCAUCAUCGGAGCAACGGAAGCCCACUAAACGGAUUAUCUUCCAUUCAAGUCAGUGAAUGAAGGACAAUCAAUGAAUGCACAAAGAUUCAUUUCUCAUUGUACCAACCAGGAAUGACCUGUCUUGUACUAUAGUUUCAUAUACAAUUGGAACGUCAGUCGAUGGAAACAGAAAGACCCUCAACUUGAACGGACUAAAACUCCUGCCAUCCGAAAGCUUCUCCUACACAACCACCAUUUAGGAUUGUCUCAACUGUUCUUUUGGUUGUUUUCACCUGGCCACAUCCAAAAUGUCUGAGGCUGACUUCCAUAGACAUGAGCUGUUUAACACGACCCUGUGCAGAUAUCGUGAGGACCCGUCCUGUAACCAUUCCCACCUGAACUUCCAUGACACCAGCAUGGUAUACGAUCUGGACUUCCCUGGCGAUGGCUCCCCCUGGCUGCGCAUCAUCAUCUCUGUGGUUUACUGCACCGUGGCCAUCAUCGGACUGCUGGGCAACCUCCUGGUGCUGCACCUUCUCUGCUCCACCCGGACCAUCUUCAAGAGUACCAUCAACUUCUUUGUGUUCAACCUGGCCCUGGCUGACUUGCUGCUCUCCCUGGUGCUGUCGUUCUGGGCAGUAGACAUCGCCCUGGACUACAGCUGGCCUUUUGGUUUGACCAUGUGCAAGGCCGUGUCCCUCCUGACAGGACUCAACGUCUACGCCAGUUGCUUCUUCCUGACCGCCAUGAGCUUGACCCGCUACUGUUCGGUGGCUACAGCGCUCAAGCCCACUGCACCACUCGGCCGCAAGCUUUGUGAUUCCCGGGUGACCACCGCACUUAUAUGGGCCGGGGCACUGGUGUUUGCUUUACCGCGAGCCCUGUUCGCCGAUCUCAACAGAGUAGGCAUGUCCAGUGACACUGCAUGCCUGCUCAGAUUCCCUAAAGGUACGAAUUGGCUGGCUGUCAACCACCUCCUGAGGCUUCUGUUUGGCUUUCUGUUGCCCUACUUCAUCAUGAUCCUCUCCUACCUACUCAUGCUGCGAUUCCUCUGCCGGCACAAGCUGAAUGGGGUCAACCCACGGCGACAGGCUCAUGUCUCCAAAUCCGUGGCAGUUGUGGUGCUUUCCUUCUGUACCUGCUGGUUCCCGUAUAAUGUGCUAACUCUCUGGAGUUCCCUGAUCCAACUGGACCUCACAGAAAUCAGUCCCUCCUACUACUUUGUCCAGACCUUCCUCUUCCCCCUGGCAAACUGCCUGGCCUUUACAAGUAGCUGCCUCAACCCUGUCAUCUACUGCCUCAUUCGCAGGGAGUACCGCAAGGCCCUGCGUAGCCUGGUCUUGAAGUCAAGUCUGGCAAUUGCUUCCAAGGACUGCCUCUCGGCAGUCAAGUCCAAUGAGGGCCAGAACCGCGACGGGCAGCUGGGCAUCCCGCUCAACAACAUGGAGAGCCAAACGGCCCAGUCUUACACCAAGAGGUCAGCACUGCCUUCUACCACUCUAUCGCUGGCUCCCAGUCCCAAGAGCCUCUGUCCUCUCAAUGAGCUCACCUGGGGAGGAUAUCACUGACCCUCAGACAUAUAUUAAUUAGAAGCUUCAAUUCAGUUAAAGUUUGUUGGGUUUUUUGCAUGGGUAUGUCCCCCACACGACAAACCUUUUUUUCCUUUACCAAAGACACAAAGUUGUCUAUAUUAUGAUGAAACAAAUGUCUUGUUUCCUUUUGUAUGCAUAUACAAGGCAAGGAUGUGGAUUUUUGUGGACAUCAUCAGGACAUUCCUUCUCAUUGGCUUUAAAAUUAUGCCAUAGUGUUUUUCUUAAAUUCUACUUAAUUAUGCAAGGUUAAAAAAAAUCUAAUCAGGACACAAGUUAUCAACAUGUUACUGCAUCUUAUUUUGAGAUGGAAUGUAAAAUAAAUUCUUAAGACAAAAAAUUUGAGCCCAGCUCAGAAUGUUUGUUGCACAUGAAGUCUUAAAUACUUAUCAUUGUUUAGACAACAUCUUAGCCAACAUUUACCAGAAAUAGUGGGACAGGAAACACAAUAAUGUUGAAGUAAAGACCCCUGCUGUCACGGCAUUCAGAGGAAGAAGGUGAGGACCAAGGUGCAGCGUGAUACGUGUUCAUAUUAUUUAUUCGAAACUGAACACUAAAUACAAAAUGACAAAAGGAAUAACCGAAACAGUUCUGACAGGUGAUACAAACACUAAACAGAAAAUAACCACCCACAACUAACAGUGGGAAAACAGGCUACCUAAGAAUGGUUCUCAAUAAGAGACAACGAUAGACAGCUGCCUCUGAUUGGGAACCAUACCAAGCCAAAACAUAGAAAUACAAAACCUAGACAUACAAACAUAGAAUGCCCACCCACAUCACACCCUGACCAAACAAAAAUAGAAACAUACAAAGCAAUCUACGGUCAGGGAGUGACACCUGCCAACUAAUAUCAACACUUAUAUUUCGUUUUGCAGAAAAUAUUUGCCUUCUGUAAGUUUUAAGAAACAUUGCCUUGUGCCUUGUCAUUCCUUCACCAAGAACCCACAUAUCUUCAAUACAUUUUCAAACUUCUCUCCCUCAUGAGGAGGGAGGAUAAUAAAAGUUCACAGAAGUAACAAGUAAAGGUAGACCUACCAAUUAGCUAUAGUAUUUUUACUGAAAUCAAGUUUGUUGAGUGAUUAAUACACAUAAUUCUGUUACCAAAUCAGUAUGUGGUCUUGUUUGGGGGCGGAGCUCAUUGCAAUAAUAGCCAGUGUGUAGAAUAAUACCCAAAUAUGCAAAAUAAGUACAGUAUAUGCAUUUUAUGCAUGUCUAUAUAGUACAGAUCAGGGACCCAUAAUGUAAUUCUGUUACCGUAAUUUCGUUACCAGAUGUAAAUCCAUUUCACUUACUGUGGUUAAAUGCCAUAGCUGACACCCCAUUAUUUCUGCAGACAUCUUUGAAUCUUCAUUCGGAGCAGAUAAUUAAGUUUUUGGAAAACGUGGUCGCAUAAACUGAAGGAGAUUUUAGCGUAAUUCUGUCAUCAAACUUUGCAUCUGCACAUUUCUUCUAGUAAAUGUGUUUUUGUGACAUUUUCUAUGUACAUUUUUCAAAGUAGUCCUUGUGCAUAGAGUUGUAUGGUUUGUUAAACUUUGAAAUCAAUGGUUUUUGUUUGGCAUAUAUUUUAAAGUGAAAGAUAUGAGUCAAAGCGUAAUUCCGUUACUGUGGCAUUACCCAAUAGCAUUAUUUCUAACCAUGCUAAUUUGUAUGUCCUCAUCACAGACAAGUGUAUUCAAAUUAUCCUGCAUCUUCUGGUCUCCCCAAGAGGUAUAACAAAAAUAACAGGGACAAACAUUGUUGGGAAGAAACUGUUUUUAGUGACACAAUGUCUUGUAAGAUUUCAAAUAAACUCAAAGAUGACUGAGAUAUAAUUUUGAGACAAAACUGUUGGGAACCAGUUGUAUAAUGUACUCAAUAAACCACUUCAGCUGAACUGAAUUAACCAGUGGCGUAUCUCCAAGUUACAGAUGCAAGGUAAAAUUAUGUUGUACAAAUGCCUAUGUUGUCAGUCUGCUAUUGGUCACAGAAUAAUGUAACUUUGGUUGGGAAUGUUAUGCAUCCAACUGGGCACAGAUGCUGUAUCAAUUCCAUGUCUAAUGUUGUUUCAUUGAAAUGACGUAGAAACAAUGGUGAUUCAACCAGUGGGAUUGAGCUUCAAAUGAUUGUUUUGCUUUAGCAUUGCUAAUGUUUAACAUACUUUUAUUGGGAUAGGUUCUCACAUUUCAUAUAGUUGUUGAUAAAUAAUGCAUUAUUGAUGAUGGUUGUCAGUUUUUUGGUGAAGCGCUAUUGUUGCAUCUGAUAAAGAUUGUUACAUAUUGUAUAUUUGUAUAUAGUACUGUUUGUGCUUC